AAAGAAGAAGAUGGCGGCGCGGUGGCGUGGCGUAGCGCCGACCCAAAACAAAGCAGAAGCACUCUCCGCACUCUGCCGCUAGAGCGCUCGGGUCGCUGGUGCGCCGGUUGAGGACUUUCGCUCGUGUUGUACUUAUUUAGCGUUGUUUUCGAUGCGGUUUUUUCCUCCUUAACUAAUUUUUCACGCUCUUUACGUUGGGAGAGUUUAUUUGGUCCGAAAUUUAGCGGAAAUAUAUGUAAUAGAGAGAUUUUGGAGUGUCGGGCAGCGCGCGAGUUUGGCUAAGGGUCCUGGCCUAUGGCUGUUUGUGAAAUCUACGUUGAUUUUUUCAAGAAUUUUACUGUAGGUCAUUAAUUUAUGUUUUAGUCGUCAUCGGUUUUCACCAUGGGGAGAGGAAGGAAGUGUCACUACAAGAAUUGUGAUCACAAUGAAGUCGACAACAAAGCUAUGGGAAGACGCUGCAAAUUCUAUUCUCUACCCAAAGAUCGGAUCCGUACAGCUCAGUGGUUGCACUUAGGCGCUGUUGAUCACUUAACACCUAAACGAGUAACUGCAUUCAACUGCUUCAUGUGUUCCUGCCACUUUCUAAACGGGAGAGAAAAUGGUCCUGUUGAAUAUGUUGAAGAGUGUGAUUUUGACAUUGCUGAGGAAGACCUCAUCCAAGAGAGUGAGUUCAAUGACGAAUUAAAUGUCAGGAAAAGAAUUCUAACUCCAAGCACAAGAACACAAUCUCCACCCGUCAAAAACAGGCGGGUGGCUGAUUUGACACCGUCAUCCAAAUUGGCUAUGGAGGCAUUACUGUUGCUUACCAAUGUCUCAAAACCUAUUCCCAAGAAUUGCAACUAUUCCCCAAAGAAGCAGUUGUGGAGGCUGCGAGGGUCCCAUGCAAGAGGAUCUGCUCGUAAAAUCUUGCAUAAUAUGAUGGAUGCAGCAGCCACCCAGGAGCAGGAAACUUAUUCUGAGCUCUGUGAUGACUUGGGUGUAGCUCAUCUUGUUUCGCCCUCUCAUAAUACUUCAGUAGAUUUUUCUGAUGAGAACAAUAAUCUUGAUGAUGAAGUGAAGAGUAGAUGUUAUAGCUCACAAGUAAGCCAAGAUUGUAGCACCACCUCCAGGCAACUUUUCCUAAAUUAUUUUCCAAGCCAAGAUAAUAGCACCACUUUACCUACAACACCCAGUGCAAGUGAAAGAGGUGCUCCAUCCCCUUCUGGUUUCCCACAGCCCAAUGUAACUUUCCAGGAGAGAACCUUCAGAUCAAUUGGUAUUCAGUGUGAUAGGGGGUUCCUCUGCUACGCCAAGUGCAAGAAAAUGAAAGAGGUGGACUUUAGAUUUUAUACUGGUAUUUCACAGGAAGUAUUUGAAAUGAUAUACCAGUUUUUAGGGGGAGAUGAGGUAUGCAACAAGCUCAAGUACGAGUACGAUGCUAAGACUCCUGAAAGGGAGCCCUUCAAUUGGAAGUUAACUGCCCAAGAUAAACUAUUUCUCACUCUAUUGAGAUUACGGAGAGGUAUUCCAGUGAGGGACCUUAAGGUUCUUUUCAAUAUAAGCAAAUAUCAUGCAUCAAGAAUCUGUUACAUAUGGACAAGGUUUAUGAGUCUACAAUUUAAAAAAUUGGACGACCUCAUGUUAACAUCAGCUGCAGCCCAGAAUCCACUCAAGCCAAGAUGCUAUGAAAAGUUUCCAAACCUCAGGGUCAUCAUUGACUCCACUCACUUUAAGAUUCAACAGCCUAAACAUUUUCAGCAGCAAAAUAAUACCUACUCUUCUUACAAGGCUGCAAAUACAAUUAAAUUUCUAGUUGUGAUUUCUUGUUUUGGUGGCCUGUCUUUUUUAAGUGAAGGUUAUGAGGGCAGCAUUUCAGACAGGCAGUUAUUAAUACAAAGUGGCCUUAUGGACCGUCUACAGCCUGAAGAUGCCAUGAUGGCUGACCGGGGCUUUGAUUGUGAGGACCUCUGUGACGAGAGAGAAGUAAACCUCCUCAUCCCUGCCUUUCUUGAUCAGAGAACACAUUUUACUGCUAGGGAGCUGAUACUGAACAGAGCUAUUGCUGUUUCAAGAAUUCAUGUGGAAACAUUUAUAGGCCUCAUUAAACAAUUUCGUUUAAUUAGGUAUAUUAUUCCCAAUUCAAUGCUACCAAUUGCAAGUGAUCUAGUAAGGGUAUGUGCUUAUCUUGUGAAUUUCCAGCAACCUUUCAUAAAAGAUGAUAAUCCAGAAGAUAAUGCAAACUAAUUUCACUCCAUAGUUUUCAGAUUGUAAAUACUUAUGUAUUUAUGUUCAAAGUUUUUAAAAUAUGUGUAUGAUUGAUAGAUUGAUUUUACUGUCUAUGAUACUUUUAAUUAUUAUUUGUCAAUAUUGAAAAUAUUGGAUUUUAUUUGAUUAAACUUAUGUGAACUUA